UUCAAUCUUCUUCAUCGCCAGUCAGUCCCGGCCGACGACGAUGUGGACGAUCGUAGUCUCAGCCUCGGUAUUGUCCAUGCGACUGCGAUGAGCGUACCCUAUCUCGAGCUCCCGACGAGCUCCCUUGCCGAGCUGCAGGAACCCAUCUCAACACCCAAAAGUCAGGGCGACGAGUCACCACGCGCUCACUACUCGCCGCCAUGGGCUGACACCUCCAUCAUUGGCAUUGCUGGCAGCUCCGGCUCGGGCAAGACUUCUUUGUCACUGGCCAUCAUCAAGGAGCUGUCGCUGCCAUGGGUGGUGAUUCUGUCCAUGGACAGCUUCUACAAGCCUUUGACGCCAGAGCAGUCUCGAACCGCGUUCAGAAAUGAAUACGACUUCGAUGCUCCAGAAGCCAUUGACUUUGAUGUUCUGGUGGAGAAGCUUCGGGAUAUCAAGUCCGGUAAAAAGGCAGAUAUCCCGGUAUACUCCUUCGAGAAGCAUGCAAGGCUGGAGCAUACCACUACGAUCUACUCUCCCCAUGUACUGGUUCUUGAAGGCAUUUUCGCUCUUCACGAUCAGCGAGUGCUAGAUCUCUUGGACCUGAAGAUCUUCACCGAGGCCGAUGCCGACCUGUGUUUGUCCCGAAGACUUCUCCGCGAUGUCCGUGAGCGAGGUCGAGACAUUGAGGGCUGCAUUAAGCAGUGGUUCUCUUUUGUGAAGCCCAACUUUCACCAAUACGUUGAGCCGCAGCGAAAUGUCGCAGACAUCAUCGUCCCACGAGGCAUCGAGAACAAGGUCGCAAUCAGCAUGGUCUCGGACAGGAUCCACAAGACUCUGGACGAGAAGUCUGCAAUACACCAGCUUGAACUCCGCCGCCUUGGGCAAGUGGCAGAUGAUGCUUCGCUGUCGAAGAAUGUGGUGAUCUUGGAGCCCACGAACCAAGUGCGCGGCAUCAACACGAUGCUGAUGGAUCCUUCAUUGUGCAGGGAAGAUUUCAUCUUCUACUUUGACCGUUUAGCAGGCAUGCUGGCGGAACAAGCGUACGAGUCUGGCUUGUGCUACAAGGCCAAGACGGUGAAUACCCCAGUACCUGGCGAGACCUACCAAGGACUGCAGCUCGACGGCGAAGUCUCAGCCGUGGUCAUCCUCCGUGGUGGCUCGAUCCUCGAGACCGGUCUCAAGCGAGUCAUCCCGGAUUGUCGCAUCGGUCGAAUGUUAAUUCAGACAAACUUCCGCACCGGUGAGCCAGAGCUGCACUACUACAAGCUCUCCGCGGACGUGGCCCAGCACAAGCGCGUGCUGCUCAUGGACCCGCAGAUGUCGAGCGGAGGUGCUGCGCUCAUGGCUGUGCGGGUGCUGCUCGACCACGGCGUCAAGGAGCAUCGCAUCGUCUUCGUGACUUACAUGGCUGGGAGAAACGGUCUGAAUAGGCUGAUGAGCGUCUACCCUUCCAUCAAAGUCGUGGCUUGUAGAGUCGUGGAUGAUAUGGAGGUAAGGUGGGUGGAGGAGAGGUAUUUGGGCUGCUAG